CCAGGCCUCGCCCUCCGCUCCCCCAAGUUAAAGAGGAAGAGCGGGCCGUUGGGUGGCUGGUUGGGUGAAUUGACCUCUGCCGCGGCCGCGAGCCAGCCGCCGCGCUUCCGGCGGCCGGAGCCCCGCGCACGCUCGGAGCUAUGCUGAGGAGCUGCACCGCGGCACUGCGCACGCUCCGGGCCCUACGCGGCAGGCGGGAAGGCGCGUCCCCCGCAGCGAGGGACCCGGUACUCGCGCGGGUAAGUCCCGGGCGCGGAGCGGCGGAAGUGGACAGAGGGGUGGGACUUUCCGUCAGGAACAACCCCGUGAUAUGGAGGUGGUUUUCUACUGAGAAAGUCAUUCCUAAGGACCAUGCUCUCCCCAACCCCAGCUGGAGCAAGGACUUAAGACUCCUCUUUGACCAGUUCAUGAAGAAAUGUGAAGACGGCUCCUGGGAACGUUUGCCUUCAUAUAAAAACUCAAAGCUUGUGAAAGAACAACUGUCACAGGCCCAGCUCUUCACCAGAGGCUAUGAGGAUGGCCUGGGCUUUGAAUAUGUGAUCUUCUAUAACGAUGAUGAGAAAAGGACAGUUUGCUUGUUUCAAGGAGGUCCUUAUCUGCAAGGAGUACCUGGAUUCCUUCAUGGAGGUGCCAUUGCAACAAUGAUUGAUGCUACUGUUGGUAUGUGUGCAGCUAUACCUGGGGGAAUUGUCAUGACUGCCAAUCUCAACAUCAAUUUUAAAAGACCUAUCCCUCUUUGUUCUGUUGUUGUGAUAAAUAGCCAACUUGAUAAAAUUGAGGGGAGGAAAUUGUUUCUUUCUUGUAAUGUUCGAAGUGUUGAUGAGAAGAUCCUGUACUCAGAGGCAACAGGCUUAUUUAUAAAGCUGGAUCCUGAAAAAAGUUUGACAUAAAAGAGCUUCUGGUGAAUUCCACACCAAUCUGCGUAAGGCUGUCCCUCCUCUAGAAGAAGCAGUUGUCUUCAGUCCUGUUCUACUCAUCCACUGUUAAAUCCCCCAUCGGGUGAAGCCUGCUAACACAGACCUUCCUAAACAAGUCUUUUGAAUACAAUUCCAGGAGCUCCAUUUCCACCUUCCAAACUUUUUUACGCAGAGACACUCCCUGUGAGAGUAUCAGCAGUUCUUUCUGUCUCCUUUGGAUAAGUAUCUGGUUCUCCUAAAAUUUGAAUAGUCUCCUUAAGUUUGCAUAGGUGUGAUGUCUGAUCCAUUGCAUUCUGGAGAAAAAAGUCAUGUUGAAACUUUUACCACAAACUUGGAAAUGCCAGAAAACCAAAGGAAGGAAUAAAUAUGUGGGUGCACGAAUA